AUGGCGGAGGUCGCCCACAAGCUGGGCGGCGGAGUUUGCCGCUUGUCCACCCUCAGGUACGGCCAGAGUCGACCGGUGUGCUCCGGGGAAGCUUGGCGUGAUAAGGACACUUUUACCGUAUGCCGGAAUAAGAAUGUUUUAACAGAAAAUGAAGGCGACAUUCGGCUAAAAAGCAUAAGGGCAGAACCCAAAAUAGAAGUCAGGCCAGUGGGAAGACCUUAUCAGGUGACUGAAACUUGUCUGGACCUUAACUCUCCUCGUUUUAGUGGAUUUGUUGUUCAUGCCAAUGAGACUUUGAACGGUUUAAACAAGUCUUUAUUUGGACCUUGGAGGCUUUCCGGGAGCAAAGCAGUUUCUUCCGAUUGUCUUAACCCCCGCUUCACGUCAAGUCAGCAGCUUCGAGCUUUCUGCAUCCUCAUCCGAGUCAAUAAGUCGGAAAGACGGCACAGUGUUCCUUUUAAAUUGAGAAGCUACAGCCGGACGAGAGACUCUAAAGAUGUCCCUUUGCACAGAAACAGGACGGCCUAUUAUGACAUCCUCAAAGUUUCCCCCAAUGCCACCCAGUCCCAAAUCAAGACGGCCUAUUACAAGCAGUCAUUCAUCUUCCACCCGGACAAAAACCCUGGAAAUGCCGAAUCUGUUCUGCGCUUCUCUGAGAUCAGCGAGGCCUACACCGUUCUGGGGAACAAAAGUUUGAGAAGAAAAUAUGACCGGGGCAUUCUCAGCACGAUGGAUGUCCACGGUGCAGGAAAACCCCCUUCCAAAGACACCCAGAGUAGACCCACUCAGCAGCAGCAGCAAACCACCUCUCGGCGGUUCUCCCAAACUGGAGGGAGGCCCAUGUACGACUUCGAUGCCUUCUACCAGGCCCACUACGGCCAACAGCUUCAGCGGGAGAGGGAAAUGCGAGCCAGGAAGGAGCGUGAAGUUGAGGCGCGCAAGGAGAAGCUGCGCAAGUGGAAGCAAUACAAGAUGAUCGAGGGCACGGUGGGCUUGCUGCUUCUCGCUGCGGGCAUCAUCUUGAUAAGCAUCACAGAGCCCUGA